CGCCUCUGGGCUGUGCCACCCCACGGGUCGGUUCUGGGAGCCGGGGGUGUCCCGAGAGACGGUGGGGCCGGGCUGGGAGUGGCUGCAGGAGGCAGCGGGCAGCCUCUGCUCGGUGCCAGCGGCUGCCGAUGUGGGCCCUUCUCUCCGCGCCGAGGCCUCCUGCUGUCCCACCACGGCCCCGCGGUACCGGCUGUGGCUGCUGCCCCCGGCCGGGGGUGGUCCUGGCCCCAGCACCACGGCCGUGUCCCUGCAGGCCCUGAGGAUGUCGGACGGGAUCCUGAGCAAGGCAGCCACUAUGGAGAUCCCCAUCAGCAGCAACGGGGACACCAGCAGCCUGCCCGAGGACGAUGGCCUGGAGCAGGACCUGCAGCAGGUAAUGGUGUCAGGACCCAACCUGAAUGAGACCAGCAUCGUGUCAGGCGGCUACGGGGGCACGGCCGAGGGCAUCAUCCCCACCGGCACCAUCAAAGCCCCCCCGUUUCCAGGCUCUCUUGUCCACCCUCACCCCCCCCGAGGACCGUCGGUGUCCCCCAGCGCGCCUGCUGCCCGUAGGAUGGCCCGCCCGGCCGCGGCUCCCGCAGGCCCCGGGCUGCACCCACCACCCCCCGGACCCCCGCCUGGUGGAGAGGAGGUCGUGCGCGGCAUUGCCGUUGAGAAGUUCGACAUUGUCAAGAAGUGGGGGAUCAACACCUACAAGUGCACCAAGCAGCUGCUCUCGGAGCGCUUCGGCCGGGGGUCCCGCACGGUGGACCUGGAGCUGGAGACCCAGAUUGAGCUGCUGCGUGAGACCAAACGCAAGUACGAGAGCGUCCUGCACCUGGCACGGGCGCUCACGGCCCACCUCUACAGCCUGGUACAGACCCAGCACGCCCUGGGGGACGCCUUUGCUGACCUCAGCCAGAAAUCCCCUGAGCUCCAGGAGGAGUUUGGGUACAACGCGGAGACGCAGAAGCUGCUGUGCAAGAAUGGGGAGACGCUGCUGGGUGCCGUCAACUUUUUUGUGUCCAGCAUCAACACGCUGGUCAACAAGACCAUGGAGGACACGCUCAUGACAGUGAAGCAGUACGAGACGGCCAGGUUGGAGUAUGACGCGUACCGCACGGACCUGGAGGAGCUGAGCAUGGGCCCACGCGACGCCGGCGCUGUGAGCCGCCUGGACGCCGCCCAGAGCCAGUUCCAGAGCCACAAGGACAAGUACGAGAAGCUGCGGGCAGACGUGGCCAUCAAGCUCAAAUUCUUGGAGGAGAACAAGAUCAAGGUGAUGCACAAGCAACUGCUGCUGUUCCACAACGCCAUCUCUGCGUACUUUGCUGGGAACCAGCAGCAGCUUGAGCAGACCCUCAAGCAGUUCAACAUCAAGCUCAAGACCCCUGGCGCCGAGAAGCCCUCCUGGCUGGAGGAGCAGUGAGCUCCCUGUGCCCCCCCCAGAUGGAGGAGCACACAUGGACCUCAGUUGUGGCCGAGGGCUCAUGGGGGCCACAGCCCAGGCCUGCUCUCGGAUGAGGGGGGCCACCAGGUAUGGGGAGGUGCCAGUGGGUUGGGUCCCCCCUCAUCCCACAGCCCCUGCGCAGGGCAGGGUGCAGCAGCUCCUCAGCACAGGCCCCCCACAGCAGACAGCUGGAGCCCCCCAUGCCCCUGACACUCCUAAGGGGGCUCGCUGGGCUGCUGUCCCCAGACACCCCACUCACCUUGGGGUGAGCCAGGACCUUCCACUGUCCCCCUCUGCCUCGCUGGGGCAGGAUGAGGGCGCGCCCCUCCCAGGCCCACUGCCAGCUUCCACCAGGGAGCCCCCUGCCCUGGGGCACAGUGGAGCUGGGUGGGGGCGGCACCGGGGCAGCUGGGCCCCCCCUGUGCCGGGGAGAGGCUGUGGGGCCUCCCUGCUGCACCUGGCACGCAGCGGGGCUCCCGCUCUGCCCGCCAGUGCCAGGGACACCCUGGCCCCCUCCAGGCUGUUCCCAGGUGUUUCCAGCCGGGCCGCUCACGCACUCCUGAUUCACAGGGGGCUGCACCCCCCAAAGAUCCCCCUGCCUCCCCGGGGCUGUGGCAUCCUGGGCUGGGCUGGUGAGGGCUCCCUGUGCCCUGCUACUAGAGGCAGGGGAGGUCGCUGGCCAGGCACAGGUCCGUGGCACCCUAGAAGAGGAUGGGGGACUCCAAGCAGGGACCAAACGUCCGUGGGGCACAGGGGGUGCACACGUGUCCAUGCAUGUCCGUGUGUGGGCGCAUGCCUGUCCCGGGACUGGGGCACAUGUGCUGCACACAGGGGGCUGGGGUCCCGGCCCGGGUUCACCCCCAAGCCAUGAGGGGCCUCCGCCUACCCCCGCACUUGGGCACUUUCUCCUGAGACAAAACUGUUGGUUUUUCUUGCUCAUUAAUUUAACUGAUAAUUUAAUGUCGGGAUCCGACUUCCCCUGCCCCGCCCUGGUGAUGGUCUGACCCCCCCCCCAACCCCCUGACUUCUGUAAAAUCCCGAAUAAAUGGUACAGAUCA